AUGGAAGAGGAAGCGGAGGGUAGCGAUGAUGAAGAGAAGAACAAGUUAGACCAGGACACGUACAUGGUCAGUCAGGGUAGAGGACAGACUGGAGGGGGAAUGUAUUGUAACAUACAUGAAUCAACGAACUGUAGAGCCGAUCGUAACCAUCCGGACGUGAAGCGAGAGCAAGAGAAGAAGGCUGCGCAGAAGCAGAGCAAUGCGGCCUUGAAUCCUGUUGUUCCAGCAGCGGGAGCCCUCGUGAACAGAAAGCUGCCAAGUGACUACGUGAGCUGGAGACAGGGAGGCAAUCGAGUCUACUUCGUGAGGAAACGUCUGGCUGCUCCGGUUCUUGUGUCAGGGAAGAUCAGUCACCACAAGCUCAACAUCGUAGCGCAAGCUCUCCCAGACUCUCCCUUGCUCACCGGAUUUUGCAGAGCGGGCUCUUCGGAGAGUGAUGGAGAAGGGCCACAGUUUGUCGAGGCGAUCAGGAAGAGGUAUGAUUUCAGCAUCGAUCAUCGGGCCGUGGAGGGGCAAGAGUUUGCUCCGAUGCAGACGAUUCUUCCGGUGGAGAACGAGGAGGUCCACGAGAUGGUGUAUCCUCUUCGAGGAAAGCUGUACGUCCACUUGAUCGAGGGGAAGAACCUCCGGCAGCAGUUCGACAGGCUCCUUCCCGAUCAGUUCGAGCAGACCCCAGAGGUCCGUUGUCUUGUCUCCUUCGGAGAGCACCACGCUGAGAGUCGAUACGCCGGCAAGUCCUUCUCGCCCACCUUCGACCAGACUCUCGGUCAGUUGCCGCUGCCUGUGCUGCCUUUACUGAUGGCGGCGUCAUGCUCAGAGUUCCCGAUAGACAACAGUUGUCUCUCCCUGCUGUGCGUCAGCGCCGUCAACAUGAACGACCCGCACUACCAGGAUCACCUCCUUGAGAACUCCGCCGGCCCCGCCAACUCGCCCGAUGCUUGGACGAGGCAAGUGGAUACACCGCUGCGGUUUCAAUUCUUCGACUACUCCUUUGCAACUCCCGUCUACCUCGGAGAAUUUUCUGUCUCGCCCAGUGAGAUCACGGCUCUGAUUCAAAGCGGAAGGCGAGGAGUCUUCUACGUUCGCGAUCACAACGGGAAGACUUCGCAAGUCACCAUUCAGCUGGGCAUGCAAGAAGACAUCUUCGACUCCCUCCAAGUGACGAUCUCGAGCGUUGCCGGCUCGAGCACGGUGCUGCUGCAAGACGUAGAGAACAGCGUGCUGAAGAUGAAAGUAAAGACAAGCCAUGGCGGGGAAGAAAGAGGAGACACUAACGGAUCCGCUACCGCAAAGGCGCGACCGUUCCCAAAGACGAACACGGAGCUGAUAGGGGACAAGGAGUGCGAGACAGACUGGGAGUGCGAAUGGCACCAGUCUCUUAGCCUCGACACGCCGCCCGACUGCUCCUGGAUCGAGGAGGAGGAGGAGGAGGAGGAAGUGAAGGAAGAAGAGGAAGUGGCAGAGGUGUUUAAAGACGAUGAGGCGGGUCAGUGGAGGAGGAUCAAUGAUCGGAAUGUCAGGGGUGAACGAGUGGUGGCGUCGGAGUUUGUUGACUUCCGAAACCUUUUGAGUCUUCGAGGACGAGAAUUUCAGUCCCUCCCCCUCAUCGUCGCCUGCAAGUUCUGCGAUUCCACGAGAGAGUGCGAGUAUUGCAACUCAAAACGAAUCCUCAUCGAUGAGGGCUCCUUCGCCAUCGCCCGCCUGGACCUCAAGUGGCUCCCCGACAAGGCUGACGUCACCCCCACCUCCGGCAAGCACAAGGUGAACUCCAGCUGGGAUCCUCUCAGGCGUUCUGAAAGUCUCCAGCACAACCUCAGCAAGUACGUUCACGCCCAGAGCUCCGUGGAUUUGAACCACAAGAGGUCUCAUGACCCGCAUGAUAUCAGGAUCCUACAGCAGGUGAUCCUUCCUCUGACCCAGCACAAGUUCAUCUCCAACGGCUGGAUCCCCUGCUUUGAGGUCAGGUCGCUCGGCCUCACCUUUGCUGGGAACUUCGUGGAGGAGGUGAAGGCAGGAGGGUCCAAGAAGCUGCUCCCUGGCGAUGAAUUUCUUCAGGUAGGAGAUGAGCGCUGCGACUUCUACACCCUGGAGCCUCUCCUGCUCCGUCUCACCAGGAAGGGAGGGAAACUUCGCGUGUACUUCAGAAGACAGCUGACGGCAACUAUGAUGCAAGCUACUCUCACGGUCAACGAAAAUGUAGAGGAAGAGGACACUCGCGAGUAUCCUUUCUACGGUUAUGUCGCCCUCAAGAAUGCAGAAAAGAUCUACUCGAAGCCGAUGAACUGGAUUGUGCGAGGAGGGAACAUCAUCUUAGAGGGUGCCAACUACCUGUGGACCAAGGAGGAGCUGGAGUCUGAUGAAGCUCGCAAGAGGGCUGAGGAAGACAAAGUCGCGCGUGAUCGUUUCCCUUCUAUCUUUUGGGACGAGAACAACCUCCUCCCAACAGCAAGUGAAGGUUUCAUGAGCUUCAUCAAUAGCAUACAGACAGCUCCUCCACAAGAAUCGCGCGGCGGCGAUCCCAACGAGCUCUGUGGGGUUGGAAUCAUCAUGAAGCUUGACUCUGAGAGCCAUAUGGAGGUCGUCGAAGUCCUUCCCAACUCUCCUGCCUAUGACAGCAAGGAGAUCAGAACAGGAGAUAAACUCAUCGGUCCUGCACUUGCUCCCCCUUGCUCUCUGCCGCCUCACUCCUCACUGUGA